GGAAGUGUUCGAGGCAGAUUCUCACGCUCCGAGAUUCCCGCGUUCCCGAUGCCGGAAGCUGUGGUUGCACUUCGGCGAUACGCUCGUGUCUCUGUUUAUCGUAGCACCGCUUGUGGUCACAUACUGGCGUGGUACCUGGGGCUACAUGGAUCUGUACAGGGACCACUUUCCGGCCUGGCUAUGCUUCGUGCUUGGGGCCACUCUCCACACCACCUUCGCACUGCUGCGGGAACCGCUGAACGCGAGUCUCGUGCUCGCCCGGAAUGCACCGCGAAGCCGUUCGCGAACGCUUAAGCGAUGGCUGAUGGAACGUGUCUACACGUAUGUCUUCAGCAUGAGCUGCCUGAUGCACUGGCGCGGUGGCUGGGAGGUGAUGGUACUAUACAUUGACUUUCAGCUGUGGCCAGCGCUCGCCAUUUCCGCGAUCUGCCUCGCCGGCCUGGUGGCACUGAAAUCAGUCCGCAAUCUACUAGCGCCACCAUUCAUCAUUCUCACCGAUCGCAAGGAGGCAAUGUUUAGCUUCCCGACGCGCUUCAGAAUGAAGGUUUCAGAUAAAAGAUGAAAACAGUCACACACUGCAUCCCAACCGGACGAGAGCACUCUAUCAGCUGUUGUGAUAGGAACGACAGCGUCAUCAAUGCCAACGGCAC